GAAGAGACCAUAUCUUUCACGUAGGUGCGGCCGCGGCAUGCGGUAUGACGCUUACAUGGGAUGCGUGUGUGCGUUGCUCAGUUCUGGCGUGUUUUGUGUUCGGAGGUGUCUUUGUGUUGGGUUACCGCGUUGGCCUUGUAAGCGCUUCAAUUUUAGCGGUUUCUACGUUUGUGAAGCCCGUGCGGAAACAACUUGCAUAUUUGAUACUCAACUGCGGCGAUGUCAAGGCGGUGCCGGUGACUGCGGGACCCAUUAGUGAGUGUAUGACGCCCAUGAUCCGACGUGCUAGGUUGUUUCGGGCUUUGCAGUCGCCUAAACUUAAAUGGCUCAUCAUCGCGUCUGCAAUCGUAUUACUCGUCCAAAUUACUGGACUGUACACAAUGUGUUGGGAAACCCCCUACUCGCAGUUCACGUACCCACUUGAAGUGGAUGUUCCCGAACUCUUGCGUGCUCUCGAGGAUGGUCGCGCGCCUGCUGUCCGGCCUAUCAACUCCUACGAAAGCUACCGCUUCAAAAUUCGCAACGACCGCAAGUGUGCGGACGUCAACGGCACUGUGCGACUGCUUUUACUUGUCAAGUCUGCGCUGCACCACAGAGCACAGCGGGAUGCCAUCCGUCGGAGUUGGGGUUUCGAGUCCCGUUUUUCAGACGUCGUCAUACGGCGCAUUUUCAUGCUUGGUGCUGGCAAGCCGGAGACACAAGACGAAGUUGACGCCGAGUAUGCGCGUCAUAGAGACAUCAUUCAGGCAGAUUUCAUUGAUGCCUAUUUCAACAACACUAUCAAAACUAUGAUGGGGCUCCGGUGGGCAUUUGAACACUGUCGGAAAGCUGAAUUCGUGUUGUGUGUAGACGAUGACUACUACGUUUCCGUGAAAAAUCUGCUCAAAUUUAUCAGAAAUCCGUGGGGCUUGUCGACCGUAGACUCUGAAGAAGAGAACACACCUGCAUCAUUUAUUGGAGAUGGUCGUCUUUGGGCAGGCUAUGUGUUCGCCCGAUCCCGACCUAUGCGGCAUCGUUGGAGCAAAUGGUAUUUAUCGUUGGAUGAGUACCCUUUUUCGCGAUUUCCACCUUACGUGACAGCGGGCGCAUUUGUGCUGUCCCAGCCAGCUCUGGUAGAUUUGUACCAAGUGGCCCAGUAUACGCGCCCAUUCCGUUUUGACGACAUAUUCCUAGCAAUUGUGGCACGGAAAGCCGGCCUACAGCCGUUGCAUAGCGACGCAUUCCGUUUCUGGGGCAGGCCCGAGUCCCCACAAGACUUUGAAGGCUUGGUGGCUGCUCAUGGCUUCAGUGAUCCUGAAUUAUUGGUGCGUGUUUGGGAACAGCAGAAGAGUCGUGGCCAGGCAUGACACAUAGGUUUUCAAUGAAACUGUUUCUUAGCUCUGGACUGUGUUUUAUUGUUUACUGCGACAAUAAAUUCUUGUUGGCUGUUCUGUUUGCU